AUGGCAGUUCCUUGUUCAAUUACCUACCAUUCUGAUUUGUUUGUAGCAUCCAUGGGUCCCGAAAGAAUAGUCACUAACCAUACUGUCUCCCAUGCAUGUUCUGUUUCAGGCUUUCAGCCCUUUGUUUGGCCAAAAAGUUUUCAAAGGUCCGAAGCUUUUGGUGAAGAAAAGAGAGCAAUGGAUAUGAGCACCAAGUUUUCCUCGUCAUCCAAGCCAAGUAACAGUGAGGAUAAAAAAGUAACCCUGCCAGUAGAUUUGGGUCCUGCAGAUGAUCAAGCUGUUGAAAAAGAAGAAGGGGAAUGGUCUGAUGUCGAGGGCUAUGCUGAUGCCUACAGAGGCUGUAGUAUGCAUGGACGAUCAAUUACUGGAGCCGAUAAAGAUCCACAGGGGAAAAGUUUGGUUGGCAUGAUGGAUCAUAGUGAUGCUGCUAUGGCUGCGAAAGAUGUUCCUCAGAAUACUGAAAGUGUUAAGGAUGAAAAUAUUGAUCAUGCUUCUAUUGGAUUGGAUUCAGAUACAAACGAUAAGAAAAGCAAUAAUGGCCUAAAUUCAGAAGGCAGUUGCAAAGGUGGUCAGGAAGAUUCUGCAUUGGUUUCAAAACAGAAAAAGAUUAAAGGAGUUGAAGCAAAUCAUGCACUAAAGUACUCGAAUAAUCAUGGAAAGCGGCCCACGUUUGACCCACACAAGGAAGCAAUGCUAGGAAAGAAGCGUAGUAGGCAGACCAUGUUUUUUAACUUGGAAGAUGUCAAGCAAGCUGGUCCUAUUAAAAGCUCAACUCCUAGAAAGCAGAACUUUCCAGCACCUAUUGCGACUCAUACCGUGAAGGAACUGCGUCCUAUUCUUCCAUCUUGUGAAAGAAUCAGAGAAAAGCAGAUUCAGCUGACAAUCAAGGAUGCAAAACAAGUUGAUUUAUCAAGUAAUGAUCGGAACGGUUAUCUAGAAACUGAUGACUCUAAAUCUCAAUAUAAUGGUGACAUAAAUUCAGAACUUCCAGCUCAGCCAAGGAGGCUGAAUAGUUCGACAGGUCUUGCUGCAGCGGCUCAACCACCACUUCUUCCUAGACAGAGUUCAUGGAAGCAGCCCACAGAUUCAAGGCAGCUUAAGAAUUCACAGGUCUCUAGUAGGAAGCCUGCUCUAAUGAGUCAGAACUCCGUGGAUCUAAAAUGGGGAGUCAAAAGAUUUCCUUCCAAGAAGCAGCCUGUAGUCAGCACUCAGUUUCAAGAUACAUCAGUGGAACGUCUUCUGCGUGAGGUUACAAAUGAAAAAUUUUGGCUUCAUCCAGGCCCACGCAUAGUGGAGGGGAUCCCUGCAGCUUCAUGUGAGGAGGCGGAGCUUCAAUGUGUUCCUGGUUGCUUUGAAUCUGUAGAAGACUACGUCAGAGUAUUUGAGUCUUUGCUUUUUGAGGAGUGUCGGGCGCAGCUUUACAGUACUUGGGAGGAGUUGACUGAAACAAGUUCUAGAGACUUGCAUGUAAUGGUCUGUGUUAAAAGCAUCGAAAGACGAGAAAGAGGAUGGUAUGAUGUGAUACUUCUUCCAGCAAAUAAGUGCAAAUGGACAUUCAAGGAGAGCGAUGUUGCUGUUCUUUCAUCCCCCAGGCCUGGAACAGAGGAGGCGGAGCUUCAAUGUGUUCCUGGUUGCUUUGAAUCUGUAGAAGACUACGUCAGAGUAUUUGAGUCUUUGCUUUUUGAGGAGUGUCGGGCGCAGCUUUACAGUACUUGGGAGGAGUUGACUGAAACAAGUUCUAGAGACUUGCAUGUAAUGGUCUGUGUUAAAAGCAUCGAAAGACGAGAAAGAGGAUGGUAUGAUGUGAUACUUCUUCCAGCAAAUAAGUGCAAAUGGACAUUCAAGGAGAGCGAUGUUGCUGUUCUUUCAUCCCCCAGGCCUGGAACAGUCAGCUUGAAGCCGGGCAAUACCUCGGCAAUCCGAGAUGAGGACGAGCCUGAGGUCAGUGGAUGUGUUGCUGGUACAGUGAGACGUCACACACCUAUUGAUACGCGUGAUCUUCCUGGUGCAACUCUUCAUUUCUAUGUUGGAGACCCAUAUGAUCUGAGCAAGGUUGAUGAUGAUCAUAUACUGAGGAAACUACAUCCCAGAGGCAUCUGGUUCUUAACUGUGCUGGGCUCUCUAGCAACCACCCAAAGGGAAUAUGUUGCCUUGCAUGCAUUCCGUUGCCUCAAUUCACCGAUGCAAACUGCUAUCCUCCGGCCUAGUCCAGAGUACUUCCCAAAAUACGAAGAGCUGCCACCUGCUAUGCCUGAAUGCUUUACACCUAGCUUUGUUGACUACUUGCACAGGACUUUCAAUGGACCCCAACUAGCAGCAAUUCAGUGGGCUGCAAUGCAUACAGCUGCUGGUACGACGAAUGGGAUGGCAAAGAGGCAAGAACCAUGGCCCUUUACCCUAGUUCAAGGGCCUCCUGGGACAGGUAAGACUCACACAGUCUGGGGAAUGCUGAAUGUCAUCCAUCUUGUUCAGUAUCAGCACUACUACACUGCAUUGCUCAAGAAACUUGCACCUAAAAGCUAUAAGCAAAAUACCGAGAGCAGCUCUUAUAGUGUUGCAACUGGAUCCAUAGAUGAAGUGCUCCAGAGCAUGGAUCAGAAUCUCUUUCGCACUCUUCCAAAGCUUUGCCCAAAACCGAGGAUGCUUGUUUGUGCUCCUUCAAAUGCUGCAACUGAUGAGCUGCUUGCACGUGUUCUUGAUCGUGGGUUCAUUGAUGGUGAGAUGAAAGUUUAUCGCCCUGAUGUUGCCCGAGUUGGGGUUGACUCCCAAACACGUGCUGCCCAGGCAGUUUCUGUAGAGCGAAGGACUGAGCAGCUUUUGUUGAAGAGUCGUGAUGAAAUAUAUGGAUGGAUGCACCAGUUAAGAGGUCGUGAAGCUCAAUUAUCUCAGCAGAUGGCUUGCUUGCAAAGAGAACUCAAUGUUGCGGCUGCUGCUAGCUGUGCCCAAGGAUCUGUUGGUAUUGACCCUGACAUUCUUGUGGCUCGAGACCAGAAUCGCAAUAGCUUGCUGCAGAACCUUGCUGCAGUUGUUGAGAACAGGGAUAAAGUUCUUGUGGAAAUGUCCCGCCUUGUCCUUUUGGAAGGCAGGUUUCGUGCUGGUAGCAACUUCAACAUUGAGGAAGCUCGUGCUAAUUUGGAGGCAAGUUUUGCCAACGAGGCUGAGAUUGUUUUCACUACUGUCUCAAGCAGCGGCCGUAAGUUGUUCUCUCGCCUUACUCAUGGUUUUGACAUGGUUGUGAUUGAUGAAGCAGCCCAAGCCAGCGAAGUAGGUGUACUUCCUCCCCUUUCUCUUGGAGCCGCUCGUUGUGUUCUUGUUGGGGAUCCCCAGCAGCUUCCUGCAACAGUUAUCAGCAAGACAGCUGGGACCUUGUUAUACAGUAGAAGCCUCUUUCAGAGGUACUUCUACCAAGGACGCCUUACUGAUGGUGAAAGUGUUGCUAAUUUAUGUGACGAGAUGUACUACAAGGACCCUUUGCUUAGACCUUACAUUUUUUAUGAUAUCACACAUGGUCGAGAGUCUCACCAAGGUGGAUCUGUCUCUUAUCAAAAUGUACAUGAGGCACAGUUUUGUCUUCGUUUGUAUGAGCAUCUUCAAAACACUUUGAAAUCUUUGGGUGUGGCAAAGGUAUCUGUGGGCAUUAUCACUCUGUACAAACUCCAACUGAAAUGCCUUCAGCGGGAGUUUGAGCAUGUUUUAAGUUCUGAAGAAUGGAAAGAUAUUUAUAUCAAUACUGUGGAUGCUUUCCAAGGCCAGGAACGAGAUGUGUAUCAGCACUACUACACUGCAUUGCUCAAGAAACUUGCACCUGAAAGCUAUAAGCAAAAUACCGAGAGCAGCUCUUAUAGUGUUGCAACUGGAUCCAUAGAUGAAGUGCUCCAGAGCAUAGAUCAGAAUCUCUUUCGCACUCUUCCAAAGCUUUGCCCAAAACCGAGGAUGCUUAUUUGUGAUCCUUCAAAUGCUGCAACUGAUGAGCUGCUUGCACGUGUUCUUGAUCGUGGGUUCAUUGAUGGUGAGAUGAAAGUUUAUCGCCCUGAUGUUGCCCGAGUUGGGGUUGACUCCCAAACACGUGCUGCCCAGGCAGUUUCUGUAGAGCGAAGGACUGAGCAGCUUUUGUUGAAGAGUCGUGAUGAAAUAUAUGGAUGGAUGCACCAGUUAAGAGGUCGUGAAGCUCAAUUAUCUCAGCAGAUGGCUUGCUUGCAAAGAGAACUCAAUGUUGCGGCUGCUGCUAGCUGUGCCCAAGGAUCUGUUGGUAUUGACCCUGACAUUCUUGUGGCUCGAGACCAGAAUCGCAAUAGCUUGCUGCAGAACCUUGCUGCAGUUGUUGAGAACAGGGAUAAAGUUCUUGUGGAAAUGUCCCGCCUUGUCCUUUUGGAAGGCAGGUUUCGUGCUGGUAGCAACUUCAACAUUGAGGAAGCUCGUGCUAAUUUGGAGGCAAGUUUUGCCAACGAGGCUGAGAUUGUUUUCACUACUGUCUCAAGCAGCGGCCGUAAGUUGUUCUCUCGCCUUACUCAUGGUUUUGACAUGGUUGUGAUUGAUGAAGCAGCCCAAGCCAGCGAAGUAGGUGUACUUCCUCCCCUUUCUCUUGGAGCCGCUCGUUGUGUUCUUGUUGGGGAUCCCCAGCAGCUUCCUGCAACAGUUAUCAGCAAGACAGCUGGGACCUUGUUAUACAGUAGAAGCCUCUUUCAGAGGUACUUCUACCAAGGACGCCUUACUGAUAGUGAAAGUGUUGCUAAUUUAUGUGACGAGAUGUACUACAAGGACCCUUUGCUUAGACCUUACAUUUUUUAUGAUAUCACACAUGGUCGAGAGUCUCACCAAGGUGGAUCUGUCUCUUAUCAAAAUGUACAUGAGGCACAGUUUUGUCUUCGUUUGUAUGAGCAUCUUCAAAACACUUUGAAAUCUUUGGGUGUGGCAAAGGUAUCUGUGGGCAUUAUCACUCUGUACAAACUCCAACUGAAAUGCCUUCAGCGGGAGUUUGAGCAUGUUUUAAGUUCUGAAGAAUGGAAAGAUAUUUAUAUCAAUACUGUGGAUGCUUUCCAAGGCCAGGAACGAGAUGUGGUUAUAAUGUCUUGUGUCCGUGCCUCAAAUCAUGGAGUGGGCUUUGUUGCAGAUAUUUGUCGAAUGAAUGUUGCUGUUAAUCGUGCUAGAAGAGAGCUCUUUGGGUAA